AUGUCAAAACAAUCCUCGCUUCUAUCCUUCUUUGGCAGCAAGAGGCAAAAAACUGCACCACCUACGCCUAAGCCUGCUGUUGCAACGACUACCACCAAUACGACUCCUAGCCCUUCUCCUGCCAUCAGUGAAAAAAGAGAUCUGGACGACAUUGCUCCACCAACAGAAGACGACAAUGACGAAUUGGAUUCACCGAUUACGCCUCGCGUGAAGCGACCUCGUCGACGCUAUAUUCCCGGUCUCAGUGACGAUGAUGAUGAUGAUGAUGAUAACAACCGUGAUGAUGAUUAUAUACCAGAGAGCAUGGAUAUCACUGAUGUAGAAGACUCGCCAACACCCAAAGCUCCCCUCUCCGUUUCUCCUUUACAGAAUCGCAUCAAGGAUAUCUCUCUCGGUGCCAGGGCAAGAACCUUUGAACCAAAAAAGCCAGCUCCCAAGAAGGCUCUUGAGCCAUUCAAAUCAGCCAAAGCCUCUGAGGAACCUGAUCGAUACCCGUGGCUUGUGGAUAUCAGGGAUGCUGAAGGAAAUCGCCCAGGUGAUGAGGAUUAUGAUCCACGUACACUUUACGUACCAUCAUCGCACUGGUCCAAGUUUACGCCCUUUGAACGUCAAUUCUGGGAAGUGAAAUCUAAAAAUUGGGAUUCGGUGGUCUUUUUCAAAAAGGGCAAAUUCUAUGAGUUGUAUGAAUCCGAUGCGGAUAUUGGUCACCAAUUGUUCGACUUGAAGAUGACGGAUCGCGUCAAUAUGCGUAUGGUGGGUGUUCCUGAAUCGUCGUUUGAUGACUGGGCAGCUCGUUUUGUUGCCAAAGGUUACAAAAUUGUUCGAGUGGAUCAAUUGGAAAACAUGAUCGGCAAACAAAUGAGAGAAAAAGGCAGUACAAAGGACAAGGUCAUCCGAAGAGAAGUUACUGGCAUUCUUACUGCUGGUACCUUGGUGGAUCGAGGACUCCUUAUUGGUGAUGAGAGUGUGUAUUGCAUGUCACUCAAGGAAUACGAGGAUAACAACAAACUUGAGUUUGGUGUCUGUUUUCUUGAUGCUGCUACCUCCGAAUUCAACAUUUGCCAGAUCGUUGACGACAAAAGCCGCAGCAAACUUGCAACUUUACUUCAUCAGAUCAAGCCUCGAGAAUUGAUCACCGAAAAGGGUCAUUUGAGUGCUGAAACAACACGGCUUAUCAAAAACACAUUGACCAACUUGCUUUGGAAUCAAGUCAAACCGGGAAAGGAAUUCUGGGAUGCGAUUACUACCGAAGAUGAAAUACGACUUGGCGACUAUUUCAAAGAUGGGCGUCCAUCCGCUUUAACAUCGUUGGCGGAUAAACCUUUGGCCAUAUCAGCGUUCGGCGGUAUGAUGAGCCAUUUACGUAUGUUGAAAUUGGACAAUGAGCUUAUCACUGCAAAGAAUAUCCAUAUCUAUGACCCUAUUCGAGGCGCCACUUCACUUAUCCUUGACGGCCAAACGCUGAUGAAUUUGGAGAUUUUCGAGAAUGAUCAAGGCUCCUUCGAAGGCACACUUCACAGCAUUUUAGCUCGAUGCCGUUCACCCUUUGGAAAGCGAUUAUUCCGACAAUGGCUUUGUCAUCCCUUGCGUGAACCUCGUCGUAUCAAUGAACGCUUGGAUGCUGUAGACGACUUGCUUCAAAACCACCACAUACACGAAGACCUGAAUGGCCAGCUUGGUGCUUUACCUGAUCUAGAAAGAUUGAUUUCCAGCAUUCAUUCCAAGAGAAUCAAGGUGGAUGAUUUCUUGAUAGCGUUGAAAGGCUUUGAAAAGACACAGGAAAUGAUGGAUGCUCUUGCCGAGAACCGUGAUCAAUUCAAGUCACCCUUAUUCAAGAAAAUCAUCCAUGAGUUCCCCAAGAUUCAGGAAUACAUUGAUUCUUUGAGAAUGACUUUCCAUGUGGAUCCAGACGUUACUGUGGAUUACCAAAAGAUCACUGCUUUGAUUCCAAGGGACAACACCAACGAGGAAUGGGAUUCACUUAUGGGGAAGAUGCAAGCUGCAGAAAACGAUUUUGAUAAGCAUCUCAGGAAUCGUCGAAGAGAGCUUAGCUGUCAUAAGCUUGAAUACAAGCACAUGAACAAGGACAUCUAUCUUAUCGAGGCUCCAAAGAAAUUCGAUCCUCCUCGCCAAUGGGUGAAAAUUUCGGGUACAUCGGCGGUAGUACGUUACCUCGAUCACCAGCUCAAAGACAAGAUCCAAGGAUACAAGGAACUCAGGGAAACCAAAUCCGCCUUCAUCAAAGAUUUCAGCAAAGUGGUUUAUGAGCAAUUCGAUCAGAAUUACACCGUUUGGUUGAAGGCUGUUCGCUGUGUUGCCGAAAUUGAUGCAUUGGCUAGUCUCGCCAAAGCAUCUGCUUAUCUCGGAGAAUCGUGUCGGCCGGAGAUACUAGACCAGGAGGAGAGCGUGGUCCAAUUUGAGCAAUUGCGCCAUCCAUGUGUCAUUACAGGACCGGGCCAAUCCUUUAUACCGAAUGACAUUACGAUUGGUGGACAAGAUUCUUCCAUCCUCGUACUCACAGGACCCAACAUGGGCGGUAAAUCGACGUUACUACGACAGGCUUGUGUUGCAAUCAUCAUGGCACAAUUGGGAUGUUAUGUGCCUGCCACAUCGUGCCGACUCACUCCCUGUGAUCAAAUCUUUACACGUAUUGGUGCCAACGAUAAUAUCAUGGCCGGUCAAUCCACCUUUAUGGUUGAACUUCAAGAGACGUCAAAGAUCCUUCGUGAAGCCACACCACGAUCGAUGGUGAUUCUGGAUGAGCUUGGUCGUGGUACAUCGACAUUUGAUGGCUAUGCCAUUGCCUAUGCUGUGUUGCAUCAUCUUGCCACCCAUGUUGGAUGCCUGAGUCUUUUCUCUACACACUACCAUACUCUAUGUCAAGAGUUUGAACAGCAUCCUACUAUCAAAAACAUGCACAUGGACUAUUUCAUUGAUGAUCAAAGCAAUCGAGUGACCUUCUUAUAUAAGCUUGUGGCUGGUAUAUGUGCGAAAUCCUUUGGUAUGAAUGUGGCGCACAUGGCGGGUGUUCCUCAAGACAUUAUCAACAAGGCAUCCGAGAUGGCAGAGGAGUUUGAGCGCAAACAUCGAUUGAAGGAUUCAACCUAUGCCAUGGAUGUGGAUGGGCAGAAAAAGUCAUUUUCACCAGCAGUAUUGGCUGACAUGAGCGACAUUUUCCGUGGUGAGGUGGUGGAACCCAAAGUGUUAGAACGCAUGAUCAAGAGCAUUAUAAGGAGUCUUUAA